AUGAAACUUCAGUUAUUUACCCUAACUCUCUCCUUGAUGGCAUCAAGCACUCUUGCUGCAAAAGCGCCUAAGAAUAAGGAUUCCCCUUCAGGUGCCGUAGCUCGUGCCGACUUUGAUGACGACAAACUACAUGGGAUCAUUGAAUUCUCUACUGCAAAGAACAAAUCUGUAGAAGUUCAUGUUGAUAUUACCGGUUUGCCUGAAACUGGUGGGCCGUUCUAUUACCACAUUCAUAAGAAACCACUCAAGUCUGGAGCUUCUUGUGAGUCCACCAGUACUCAUUUCAACCCGUAUAAUGCACCAGCUGAUUGUCUCAAGACCAAAGAUGACAGCUACUGUCAAGUCGGGGACUUAUCAGGCAAGCACGGCUACAUCAACACCACCUGCUUUGAAGAUUCCUAUUACGACCCUUAUAUCUCCUUGAAUCCUAAGAAUAAGGCCUAUCCAGUAGGGUUGGCGAUCAACCUUCACUAUGCAAACCAGGAAAGGUUUGCCUGCGCUAACAUUGAGUUAGUUGACAAGAAAGUCAAGCGUGAAUUUGAUGAUGUUGAUGCUGAGUUUGUUGGUCAGAUCCCAGAAUCAGACAAUGUAGUUUCAGCUGAGUCUGUGAAGGAAGACACGAAGGUGAAAUCUUCAAAGAAGGAUGGAUCGUCAACCUCAAAACCUCAUGUGAGUAAGCUUUCUUCCAAAAAGAAUGUUACUAAUGGUACGUCACCAUUAUUAUCUAAGGGCAAAUAUUACACGAACUCUACAUCGAAAUAUGGAAACUUUACCAAUGGUACCAGUUAUCCAACCGAUGAUGACUAUGACGACGACGAAACCAUAGAAGUGUCAUCCUCGUAUGCCAAUGCCGCAGGAUAUUUAUUGAACGGAAACACCGUUUAUGGAGCUACUCUUGCAGCCAUUAUUUCCUACCUGGUCUAG